UGUAAGGUGGGAAAGUAACUGCAGGGCUUUUGACUUCAUUGGUCAUUCUUACCAUCAAUCGUUACCCCGGACUUAUUCUGAUUGUUUGAUAUUUUUUAAGUCACUGGUUAGCUAAAAGCAUUAUUGACACAUCAAGGACUUUUGCUAAACAUUUCUGUUUGGUAAAACAUUGGAUACUCAAAUAUUAUCACUGUGGACAUAUGGCAGAAUGUUUUUCAAUAAUGCACUCUGACGUCUUGUCCUUAUCGGUAAAUGAGUGCCAGCCAGUACAGUGUGUAAGGUUAGAAUCUAAUCUGCCCAGUAAAGAGAAAAUACCUGUGUCUUGGGUAAUCGUUGAUGAUUUUUGGAAGUAUCUACCAACGCCUACAUUGCCCUAUUUGGUGUGAAUUCUGUAUGUUCUGUGUAUUUAAUAAAACCGUUUCUUAUGGAUCAGAGUGCGAGAAAAUUUGUCAUUACAUAUACCUUAACUUUAAUGUGUAUAGCAAUUAUAAUCACCAUAUUUGAGGUAACUCUUAUUUGGCAAGUGUUUAUAACAUUAACUUGCCUUAGCACAGUAAUCAUUACCACACCAACAAAGAAGCUUCCUGUCAAAGAUAAAGCAGUGCUUAUAACAGGAUGCGAUCGUGGAAUAGGACAUGUUCUGGCAAAACAAUUGGACAGAAAAGGAUUUUAUGUAUUUGCUGGCUGUCUAAAAAAUAGAGGUCAAGGUAGCAAAGACCUUGUGGAUGGCUCUUCAUCAAGACUACAAACACUUCAACUAGAUGUUAGCAAAUUGACACAGGUCAAAUCAGCUCUCCAUACUGUUGAGCAACAGUUGCAUUCAAAAGGAAUUCAACUAUGGGGUAUAGUAAAUAAUGCUGGAAUCUGUUACAUCGGCAAUGUUGAAAUAAUGACUGAAGAGGACAUCCAAAAAAUAAUGACAAUCAACUAUACAGGACCAGUAAACAUAUGUAAACAUUUUCUACCCUUGCUUAGGAGAAGCCGUGGGCGACUGGUCAAUGUUGCUAGCAAUGCAGGUCUGGCGCCCAUUCCUUUAAUGGGAGCAUAUUGUGCAUCGAAAUCAGCUCUUGUGACUAUAUCAGAAGUAUGGCGAUAUGAACUAAAAAUGUGGGGAAUAAAAGUAGCAACAAUUAUACCAAGCGGCUACAAGACAGGAAUAAUGUCAUACGACAUGAUAGCCACAGGAAACAGAUGGUGGAACAAGGCUUCACCGAUCGUCAAAAAAGACUAUGGACAAGAAUGUUUUUAUAUCAAAUUCAAACAAAAAAAUCGGGAUUUUUUCCUUAGUGCAGAGUUUUCAGACAUUUGCUACAAAAUUGAAGAUGCUCUACUGUCAAGCAAGCCAAAAAGUCGUUAUUAUAGCGGAUUUCUUGCAGAGUUCAUUCCAUUUAUCUACAUUUAUUUGCCAGUUUGGUUGAGUGAUUAUCUAUUAAGUGUUCUAGCCAAUUGGUUUGAAUUUAACCCAAAGAUGCAGAAUUAUUAAGUAUUAAAUCUUCAUUUCAAAACUGGUGAAUUUAAAAGUGAUAAGCUUGCCUAGAGCAAUGUUUUAGAUAGCUUUAGCGUAGCUUUAAAAAUUGCAAAUAAGCAGACCUUACAAGUUAGAAGUUCGACUUUGCUUCCUACCCUACAUUUUUGUUUACCAUACACAUUUAUCUUAUAUUUACUUUAAUGUAUCAUUUGUUUAAUUAUUGUAUGAUAUGUGUGUGUUUGCAUUUUUAUCUCUGUUUCCGUGUGUAUAAUUUCUAUAACUAUGAAGUAAAAGGAGCUGCCUUUGAUAUCAUGGGUUCGUAUGGCAUUUGUAAGAGUUUUGUGUGAUUGCUUAUCUCAGACUCAAGAUCGACGCUCAUGCUGCUUACCAUCAGCCAAUUAACGCCUUUGGCAUUUCAUGCCUGAUUAUUAAGAACGUAGUGAUAUAAUUUCGCAUGCUGAAUAUGCUGCUUUAUUUGCUUUUGAAUAAUGUGUUUUACAGUGCGACCGUUGGGGCGAGCGCAGCAUAUGUACAAACAAUGAAUUAUGAUGUAUCAAUAAAAUUAAGAUUAUCAACGUAAACAAAUUUGAUUGCAAAAGAAAAUAAAACAAACUUAUUUUUUUCAGUAAAUUUACAUUAUUCAUAGUUUAUAAGAUUUGUUAUUUAUUUAUAUAUAAGUAUAACAAUAGUUCAAUCUCAGAUACAAUGUUGUUGAAUAAUAAAAAUAAAAAAUUUAAUAUAAAUGUUCAUUGCACACUAUCUCCUCUUUUAAAGUGAUUGUAACGUACGUCAGUCCAUCCCCUUUUUUUGCAGUCGACAUUUUUUCUUUAAAUUUACAAACAAAAAUUGACUUAUCAUCCAUAUAGAGCCCCACCCCCCCCCCCCCCCCCCAAUGUUAAAAAAAAUAUUUAUUUUUCUUUCAAUUUACACAUAGAAAAUCGACUUAUCAUGGAGUUGCCCCCUCCAUGUAAUAAAUUGAAGUCAAAAUAAAAAAAAACCAUUGAACUGAAAGCUUAGAAUUUUCUUUCGUAAAUUUGAGAAUUAUCAUUUUUUUUUCGUUUUUGCUUGUAAAUAUUUUUUGGAUGAGGGUUACCGUAAUUAUAGUGAAUAAAAUAAAUGUUAGCAUUCAUCCAAGUGAGUGGAAGUUACAAAUGUUUCCUACAUCUGAAGAAAUGUCCUCAUUCUUUAGCUUUGCAAGAUUUUGAGAGGAAUCUCAGCAGAUUUACAAUAACUUUAGUUAGAGUUAUUUCGUGACGUCAGCGUUCACGUUGGUUAAGUGUCGUCUGACUUUGUAAAUUAAAACUCCCCUGAGAAAUAAAAGUACGCGAAGUAUACUGUUGUAUUUAAUUAAAAAGCAUGAUGUUCUUAAAAUUACACAUUUAUAUGUACUUUGAUUCUCGCGAGAACUUGAGGUUGGAAACCAUUGGUACUAUGAAUUGUGGGUCAUUUACUGACGCCGAAAAAAAUAUAUCGGAUUAAUGUGUAAACCUUUGUGACGUCACUCGAUUAUCUUUGAUUGAUAGUGUAAUGAGGUGAACUUUAGAGGUACCAUUGACUGUAUGUCGUAUACAUCGUUAUUGUUUUUAUUGUCUUGCUGAUUCUCGUGAGAGUGUGAAGUGGUGAAAAUUUCCAUGAUUACAGGGAACUACUGGGACGAUUAAAACAAUGCAUUAUUGGUCCGAAAAAUACGUUGAAUGAAUGUGCAACUAGUCCGAAUUUUCUAUUCACACAGGCCUUGCCGGUAGAGCUCGCUUAACAUAAUUUAUUUUUGAAUGCAUGUAUUCUAUCCAGAUUUCAGAAUAAAUUUUGUAAUACAUAUAUUUUAUUUAUAUUGUUUUAUCCUUUCUGAUAUCUGUAAAAGCUUUUCUUUUUUUUUAGAAUGUGAAAUACACACAAAUGAUAUGUUAAGCUUUCAUUCAUAAUAAAUUCUUAAAUAAGCUAACCUGCGCUCAAAGUUCAAGUGAACUUUUCUUAUCACCUUUUGUAGACUGUCUGUAAACUUUAAACAUGUUCGACUUUUUAACCAGAAUGACUGACCAAAGGACUAUAUAUAUGGUUUGAGCCUAAAAUGGCCCCCUUAAAUGAACGUUGUCAUUUUACUGUAACUCUUUGGGGUUUUUUUUUUGUACAAAUAUACAUUUGAACUAUUUUCAUAGUUUUCAUUUUGAUUUUAGUGCACACAAUUUAAAAAGGACUAUAUGCAGUUUUAUGCAUUUUUUGCCCCCAAAAUCAAAGUUUUAGAAAGAGCUUUAAAAAUUAGGUGAAAGAUAUGUUAAACCAUAUUGGAAAUAAAGGUGUAAAAGGUUAUCACCACUGUGACGUCAUAAUGUAGAAAUGACGUCAUGAAGAUUGCAUUAUUUUGAUAAAUUGAUGUUUUGUAGCAAAAUAUGGGUGUUUCGACUCGGAAACAUCGAGCGCAGGCUUGCUCAAGUACAAUUUUUUAGUAUAAUGCGUAUAUCUAUCGAACGAAAAAUAUAUGUUAAAAUCGCACUUGAGCAGACCUGCGCUCUAUACUUCCGAAUGCAAAAUAUAGAGCAAAAAUGAGAAUAUUUUCAUUUGUUUGCAAAUUUGCGGGAAUUAGGUCAUUUAGGUGACGUCAUAGAUAAACAGCAAAUGAGCAAUGAUGACUAAAAUCAAGAUUAAAGUUAUAGACAUCCUCUAUACAAUGAUUUGUGAAGAUUUUAUUUUUAUACGAUACUAUUUAAAAAUUGGUUAAAAUCGGGGGCAGAUAUUUGACCACACCGCACAUAGUCCUUUGA